GUAACUGUGUGUUUGUUUUGUGUUUUAUAGGAGUGUCAGUAAUUCCAGCAGAAGAGAUCAGCAUCUUCAGGACUCAGCUGUGUGUCCAUGAUCUGUCUGUGUUUACACUAAUAUUCAAACAUGGAGACCCCUGACCUGGACACAGAGAAUGUGAACCCACCCUCAAAUAACCAUAAACUACAGAGAAAGAGAUCAGACUCACCAGAACCCAGCUGUGUCUCCAUGAAGAGUGAUAAUUCUAUGGGUCUUCCUCUGACCUUUAGAAAUAAAGACUGCUCAACUGUACACAGUAAACUACAGAGAGAAAGAUCAGACUCCCCAGAACCCACCUGUGUCUCCAUGAAGAGUGAUGAGUCUAUGGAUCCUCCAUGGAGCUUUAGAAAUAAAGACUCCUCAUCUAUACACAGUGUUCUACAGAAGUCAGGAGACAGAAGAGAAAAGAACAUCAUCACAGCUACAGGACACGACCCAGAACCUGCUGCUGUAAAUGACUUCCAGAAAAAGUUCAAAUUAAAUCUGAUGAAGAAAUUUCAGUGUUUAAAUGGAGUGAUGAUAAACCCGGAAAACCGAACACUCCUGAAUGAGAUCUACACAGAGCUCUACAUCACAGAGGGAGACAGUGGAGACGUCAAUAAAGAACAUGAGGUGAGACAGAUCGAGGCAGCAUCCAGGAGAACAACAACAGAGGAAACACCAAUCAAAUGCAAUGACCUCUUUAAGCCCUUAUCUGAUCAAGACAAACCCAUCAGAACUGUGCUGACAAAGGGAGUUGCUGGCAUCGGAAAAACAGUUUCUGUGCAGAAGUUCAUUCUGGACUGGGCUGAAGGGAAAGCAAAUCAGAAUGUCCAGCUCAUGUUUCCACUUCCUUUCAGAGAGCUGAAUUUGAUGAAGGACCAGAAACUGAGUCUGAUGGAUCUCCUUCAUGUCUGUUUUAAGGAAACAAAAGAAAAAGAAAUGUCCAGUUUGGAAAAGGUUCUGUUCAUUUUUGAUGGAUUGGACGAGUAUCGUUUUCCUCUGGAUUUCCAGAACACAGUGAGAGUGUGUGAUGUAACUGAAUCAGCAUCAGUGCAUGUUCUGCUGAUAAACCUGAUCAAAGGGAAUCUGCUUCCCUCUGCUCUCAUCUGGAUCACCUCCCGACCAGCAGCAGCUGAUCAAAUCCCCUCUGAGUGUGUCCAUCGAGUCACAGAGGUACGAGGGUUCAAUGACCCACAGAAGGAGGAGUACUUCAGGAAGAGGAUCAGUGAUCAGAGCCUGGCCAAUAACAUCAUCACACACCUGAAGUCAUUAAGAAGCCUCUACAUCAUGUGCCACAUCCCAGUCUUCUGCUGGAUUUCAGCCACUGUUCUAGAGAGAAUGUUGGAUGAAGCAGAGAGUGGAGAGAUGCCCAAGACUCUGACUCAAAUGUACACACAUUUCCUCAUCAUUCAGACAAACAUCAUAAGAGAAAAGUACUCGAAGAAGCAGGAGAGUGAUGAAGAAAUGCUUCUCAAACUAGGAAAGCUGGCUUUUCAGCAGCUGAUGAAAGGCAACCUGAUCUUCUAUGAGGAAGACCUGAGAGUGUGUGGCAUUGAUGUGAGAGAAGCAGCAGUGUACUCAGGUGUGUGUACGCAGAUCUUCAGAGAAGAGUUUGGACUUCACCAGAGUAAAGUGUACUGCUUUGUUCAUCUGAGCAUUCAGGAGCAUCUCGCAGCUCUGUAUGUGCACCUGACAUUCAUGAAGGAAAACAGAAAUGUUCUUGAACAGAGUCGGGUCUUUAAGACAAUUUCAGAUGUCCUCAAGAGUGCUGUAGAUCAGGCCUUAAAGAGUAAGACUGGACAUCUGGAUCUUUUCCUUCAUUUUCUUCUGGGUCUCUCACUGGAGUCCAAUCAGAAACUCUUACAUACCUUAGUAACACAUACAGGAAGUAUCUCCCAGACAGGAAAGAGGACCACAGUACAGUACAUCAAGGAGAAGAUCAGUAGAAAUCCCCCUACAGAGAAAUCCAUCAAUCUGUUCCACUGUCUGAAUGAACUGGGGGACAAUUCUCUAGUGGAGGAAAUCCAACGCUACCUGAAAUCUGGAACACAAUGUGAACUCUCUUCUUCACAGUGGUCUGCUCUGGUGUUUGUCUUACUGACAUCAGCAGAGGAGCUGGAAGAAUUUGACCUGAGUAAAUAUAUCUCUACAGAUAAAAUAACAGAUUGGAUACUUCUGAAGAUAAUGCCUGUGAUUGCAGCAUCCAGAAAAGCAAUUAUCAGGUGUGAUACAAUUCAAAAAAGUGGUUGGUCAGCUCUGGCCUCAGUGCUCAGCUCAGAAACCUCCAAUCUGAGAGAACUGCAUCUGACUGUGGAUACACUGGAUCUGACUGGGAGUGAACUAGGAGACUCAGGAGUGAAGCGUGUCUCUGCUCUACUGGAGAAUCCUCAGUGUAAAGUAAAAAAUCUGAAGUUGUGUAAUUGUGAUAUCUCAGAUGAAUGCUGUGCUGCUCUGAUUUCAGCUCUGAGAUCAAACCCCUCACAAGUGAGACAACUGGAUCUGUCUGAGAAUAAACUAGGAGACUCAGGAGUGAAAUGUCUCUCUGCUGUACUGGAGAAUCCUCACUGUAAACUGGAGAUACUGGGGAUGUGUGAUUGUGAUAUCUCAGAUGAAGGCUGUGCUGCUCUGGCUUCAGCUCUGAGAUCAAACCCCUCACACCUGGGAGAACUGCAUCUGUCUGGGAAUAAACUAGGAGACUCAGGAGUGAAGUGUCUCUCUGCUGGACUGGAGGAUCCUCAAUGUAAACUGGAGAUACUGACGAUGUGUGAUUGUGGUGUCUCAGGUAAAGGCUGUGCUGCUCUGGCUUCAGCUCUGAGAUCAAACCCCUCACACCUGAGAGAACUGAAUCUGACUGGGAAUAAACUAAGAGACUCAGGACUGAAGUGUCUCUCUGCUGGACUGGAGAAUCCUCUCUGUAAACUGGAGAUACUGAAGUUGUAUGAUUGUGAUAUCUCAGAUGAAGGCUGUGCUGCUCUGACUUCAGCUCUGAGAUCAAACCCCUCACACCUGAGAGAACUGUAUCUGUGUGGGAAUAAAAUAGGAGACUUAGGAGUGAAGUGUCUCUCUGUUCUGAAGAAUGAUGAACAUUACAAACUACAUAUACUGAGAUUUUAAUAGACUACACACAUCUCUGCACCGAGUAGAACAACCUGUGAUCCCUGGACAACAUUUCCUCAAUCCCAAUGAAACCUGAGGGAUUAUUUGGAACAGCAGGUGAAAAACCACACAAACUCCAGCUGAAGCCAGUCAGUGGAAGACGGAUCUGAAAUGGACAGGAACAGUUUCAUGACAUUGGUGGGAUUCUCACCUGACAGGAUUAGCAUCUGAGGAGUUUAUGUGAAGAAGCCCCUAGGAGACUCACUACAAGUCACAUGUAUCACUCUGUCCUUUAGUUGGUGUUUAAUAUAGUGUAGAUCUUUGAUUACAGGAUCAGAUUUAAUCUGUUCUUUAUUUUCUCUGAUAUCUGAUCCCCGUUUCUUUGCUAAUAUCAGCUGAUCAUACCCGGUAUGGGAUCAGUGCCAUCUCUAUUACUUAAGUAUACUCUAUACUGUCUUUCUUUGCUGUUGUUUAUGGUCUUUGUUUAAUGUUUAUUCUUAGCCUUAGUGUUUUUGCCACAAGUUCUAUAGAUACUAUUUUGAUUUGUAUUUUUAUUAAACCUAAUCUGAACUUGCA